AUGUCAGGACCUAAGGUGAAAGGCCUCCUCAAGGGACUAAGAUACAUUUCUAAUAUAUUUGAUGAGAAAGAAGAUGAAAUUCAAAUUGGGUUCCCAACAGAUGUAAAGCAUGUGGCACAUAUUGGAUCAGAUGAUCCAUCAGCUAAUGCACCUAGCUGGAUGAAUGAAUACAAAUCAGCAAAUCCAUCAGGAGGAGCAGUAGAAGAUACUGAGACCGCUGAAGGUAAGAGCAAAUCAUCGAAUCCAAAAGAAAAACCAUCAAAACAUCGACACAUAAUUCCAAAAUCAAGACACCAAUCAAUUGACCAAGAAUCCAAUCCAACAGCCAAGAAGACCACACGUCGCCAUAACAGAUCAUCAGACCCAUCCGCAGACUCCUCAGCACAAGAUUCAUCAACAGGUGGUUCUCGACACAGGCGACACCGACGUGGCUCAAACCACGGUUCUGAUUCGGUGCCGGCAGAUAUUCCAACCGACACCAAACCUCAUCGGAGAAGAUCUAAGAAUUCUGAAGAUGGUUCGGUGCGGGAACGCUCUUCAAGAAGAUCAUCUAAAGGAGAUUCUUUAACUGACAUUUCUAUUACGGAUUUUGGAUCUGAUUCUGUUCCAGAAAGUGGAAACGAACCUAAAUAUUGUUAAAUGGAUCACAGUUACCUCGAGGGAUUAGCCUAUGCAGUUGUGCGUGGAGGAUACCUUUGGUUUAACAAAAAAAAAUUAAUUCGAUUUAAAAUUGGAGUGAGAGAGUGAGUGAGUGAGUGAGUGAGAAAGUAAUGUUGUUAUUGUUUUUAUUUUAAUGAUGAUUAAAUUAAUCACAAAUGUUAGGGAUGGGGAUUCUCUCCGGUAAAUUUCUUUCUUACCGGAGAGGAUGUCUAGUGAAUAUCUCAACCAUUCAAUUUUGACCAAAUCAAUUGACUCAAAUAGAUGACUGAGAUCUCAUUAGACUCUGCGGUUACCGCAAAAGAUCUCUUCCCCAAAUGUUAGGGAGAUAAGAAUGGGAAGUAAAUUACAGAUUUUUGAUGCAAUGUUCUAUCUGGGGUUGUUACUAAACUCAUCUUGAGGAGGAGAUUUUGAAGAUGGCUCCAUCUGACUCGAUGAAAAGCUUUACUAGUGUCAAGCUUUAUAGUGUCAACAACUGUUCUUUACCUUUCUUCUUGAGUUUCAUAUGUUGUAAGAGCAUACUAUCAAUUUUUGUUUUUUUUAUAGAGUAAUAUGAAAAGAUCAUUUGAUGCAUGUUUUAAAAGAAAAAUGCUCAAAUGCUAUUUUGUAUCCUAUUUUACUAAAUAUGUAAUUUUUGCCACUCUAUUUUU